CAGCUCAGAGAUGGAGUAGGAUCUGUGCACAUACACACUCUUACACAUAUUCUUAAUAACACCGCCUAGCUCCAACUGAAGCGCAGCCAUGCAGGAAUCUCCUGGCUCUAUUGGUGUGGAUGGAGGUUAUGCCAGUAAUGUGCCUGCCUUCCUCACCAAACUGUGGACCCUGGUCGAGGACCCGGACACCAACCACCUCAUCUGCUGGAGUGCUACUCCACAAUCUGGCUUACAGAGUCCUCAAAAUACUGGGACCAGCUUCCAUGUGUUCGACCAGGGCAGGUUUGCCAAAGAGGUGCUGCCAAAAUACUUCAAACAUAACAACAUGGCCAGCUUUGUUCGUCAGCUCAACAUGUAUGGCUUCAGGAAGGUGGUGAACAUAGAGCAGAGUGGUCUGGUGAAGCCAGAGAGAGACGACACAGAGUUUCAGCACCUCUACUUCCUGCAAGGCCACGAACACCUGCUGGAGCACAUCAAGAGGAAGGUCUCCAUUGUGAAGAGUGAAGAGACCAAAGUACGGCAGGAGGACUUGAGUAAGCUGCUGUAUGAAGUGCAGGUACUGCGCAGCCAACAAGAGAACAUGGAGUGUCAGAUGCAAGACAUGAAACAGCAGAAUGAGGUGCUGUGGAGAGAGGUGGUCUCACUGAGACAGAACCACACCCAGCAGCAGAAAGUCAUGAACAAGCUGAUUCAGUUCCUUUUCAGCCAGAUGCAGUCAAACACAACAAGCACUGUAGGAAUGAAGAGAAAGCUUCCCCUUAUGUUGGACGAUGGCUCAACCACACCCUCAGCCUCCAAGUUCAGCCAUAACCACCAAAUGGAGCCCCUGCAUGAACCGUUCUAUAUCCAGUCGCCAUCCACAGAAACAGCCUCUUGCUCCAAUGGUGCAAUGACAGGAGGACCAAUCAUAUCAGACGUUACUGAAAUGUCACAACCCAGCAACAUGCAAAUGCAAACAGAGGAGACAAGGGAUAAGUGUAUGAUGCUGAUCAAAGAGGAGCCAGGGAGCCCAGGGGUGCGAGGCCGGGGGGAGGGGGUCCCACUGGGCUCCUGUGAUGUGUGUUCUGAACCCCCCGUCCUCCCUGUUGCCAUGGUACAAUCCGUCCUGGAGGGCCGAGGGUCUGGAGCAGACAGGAGGCUCAAGAGACCUGCUCUGGAGAGGCCUGAGGUAACUGAUACUGAAGAGAAUGUGGACAUGAGUCUGGAGGACCUACAGCUUCUCCUGAGGACCCACCAGCAGAGUGUGGAGCCCACCACUGCUGUCAUGGAUCCAUUCAAUUUCAACCUGCCCUUGAGUGAGUGGAACUUUACUGAUAUGGAUUCCAACCUGAAAUCAUACAUGUUUCAGAGCCAGGAGGCAGAGGCUUACCCCAACGCUGGUUGUGAGGAACAAUGAUGGCUUGACAGAUCCGCUGGGACAUGCUUGUCCUGACAAAGGCAGGCCAGAAAACAAGACAUUCCUCAAGGCUCUCAGAUUUGUUCCAUCCCCUGUCGUCAUGUCUUAGAUCCAGCCUACCUGACCCAAUGUGAGCAGAGCAGGAGGGGUUCUUGUCACUCAGAGCUCUGUGGGCCUAUCUUCCAUCCACUAGGAUGUCCGUUCUGGGGAAUUUUCUUCAGAAGCACUGUAUAGCAUUUCAGAGAACCAGAGUUGAAUCUAUUUGGAAUUAUUCAGACUUCUUUCACUGAUGUUCAACAGUUUUACUGGUGGGGACCCUGGCAGUUGUCACUUCAAAGGCUGACCGCAGGACAUCCUAACAUAAGCAAUGGCUUCUCUCCUAAAGCUGGACUGAUCUACAGUCAGAGAGCCUGACUGAGGGAUCUUAAUUCAUAACAGACCAACCGACCAGUUGACAUUUCAAGGAUCAAUUCCGAGUACAAAAGUGGAGUUUGGAGUAUAACCGGCACUAUUACGAAGUUCCAAUAUUCUCUGCCAUCGUGCCAGCGGUAGUAUGAAAAGUUGCAUUAUACCAUGGUGGCCCUGGUUUGUAAGCACUUUAGUCUGUGUGAGAGUUUCUGCUUGUGGAGCUGUUUUUUUUCCUAAAUAGCAUAUUUGGUUCUAUAAAAAUAUUCUCAUGGCAAAUACUAUAUUUGUAUUUAAAAAUUAUAUUCAUAAGAUAACAGAAAUAGUGUUAAUUCUCUUCUGUAUGUUUUAAUGUGAGAAGUCUAGGAAAUAUUUGAUGAUAGACUUCCCAUUUGAAAAAACAAUGAAGACACCAUACCUUGCUUUUUUGCACAAUUUGUAUCAGUAUUUAUUCUUAAUCACAAUCUAUAUAUUUCUCUUGAAACACUCAGUGCUUUUCCUGUGCACAAGAGUAACCUUGAUUUUCAUCAAGUUGUCUAUGAUGACUACUAGGCUGUGUAUAAUAUAAUGCAUACAUUAGUAAAAUUAGAACAAUAGGUAGAUGAUCCAACUUCAUCUGAACUCGCUAAACAGAGAGGAUAAGAUCAACAUGUAGACUCGCUAAACAGAGAGGAUAAGAUCAACAUGUAGACUCGCUAAACAGAGAGGAUAAGAUCAACAUGUAGACUCGCUAAACAGAGAGGAUAAGAUCAACAUGUAGACCCGCUAAACAGAGAGGAUAAGAUCAACAUGUAGACUCGCUAAACAGAGAGGAUAAGAUCAACAUGUAGACUCGCUAAACAGAGAGGAUAAGAUCAACAUGUAGACUCGCUAAACAGAGAGGAUAAGAUCAACAUGUAGACCUGCUAAACAGAGAGGAUAAGAUCAACAUGUAGACCCGCUAAACAGAGAGGAUAAGAUCAACAUGUAGACUCGCUAAACAGAGAGGAUAAGAUCAACAUGUAGACUCGCUAAACAGAGAGGAUAAGAUCAACAUGUAGACUCGCUAAACAGAGAGGAUAAGAUCAACAUGUAGACUCGCUAAACAGAGAGGAUAAGAUCAACAUGUAGACCUGCUAAACAGAGAGGAUAAGAUAAACAUGUAGACCUGCUAAACAGAGAGGAUAAGAUCAACAUGUAGACUCGCUAAACAGAGAGGAUAAGAUCAACAUGUAGACCUGCUAAACAGAGAGGAUAAGAUAAACAUGUAGACCUGCUAAACAGAGAGGAUAAGAUCAACAUGUAGACUCGCUAAACAGAGAGGAUAAGAUCAACAUGUAGAUUCGCUAAACAGAGAGGAUAAGAUCAACAUGUAGACUCGCUAAACAGGGAGGAAGGAGAUGUUCUAGUGUCACUAAAUCCGUGUCCAUCUAUUUAAGUGACUUUAUUCUUCCAUCCAUCUAGCUUUCUACCACAUCCCUCUUUUCAAUUUUUCUGACUAGUAUAAGAUGAAUUAUUAUAGAUAAACAUUCUGUCCUUCCCAUGUUUUUAGUGCUGGUUAAGGGGAAUGUAAGGUUUGAUUUCAGGACAGACGAAGAGCCUCUCUAGAGCCUCCAUUUGUUUCAGAGACAGGCCAAAUCCCACAUUGGGAUUAUAUCGAUUUUAUUCAAACUCCAGAGGGUGCGUUCAUGGAAUGAUGAUGUAGGAGAUGGGAAAUAACCCCCACCCUCUUUCUCAAUGAUCUGAGCAGGUUCAUAUGAUUUUGUUAGACAUCAAACUGGUCGGACACAUCAAUAGAAGACACAAGUUGCUUUAAAAUGUCACCUGCAUCAAGAACUGUCUACCAAUGUGUGAACUUCACACAUUACCCAAAUGCAACAAAAAAAAGAUCAGUAGGUAGACCUGGCCGCCUAACAGCUGUUGUCACACCACAAUUUUAGUGUUUUUCAAAACCUUGUAAAAACCUUGUUUGUUGGAGGCAGCUGCUGACAUAUUCCAAUAUUCCUCAGAUAAUAUGGGAUUUCUUAGAAUCCAUUAGAAUCUGAAGAAACAUCAAUGCACUGCCUUUGACUGUGGAGGACACAUCCACAUGGAAAACAGCCCAGGUCUUGCCAAUCUUCCCUUUGAACUGAUAAUACUAUACUGUGCAAUAUUACAGUUGUGAAAAUUCACAAGGGUGCAAUACAUCAAUGACCAUUGGAAUGUAGAAAGUAACUGUGUCAUAGGCUGCAUCAUGGUAAGUAGCACCUGUAGCUAUAACUACAAGAGGAAAAUAUAUGGUGGUGUAUAAAUGAAAUUGCACUAAGAAUGAUCUUUGUACUAGAUUUAGCAGUAUUCAUUUAGAAUUAUUUUUUUAUCAGUGUUUUCUUUAUUACUGAAAUAUGAGUGUUUCUCUGAUUUGCUAGGAGUGAUACUUUCAUUCAAUUGCUAUUGUAUAUAUUAUUUUUUUAUUAAUUUGCACUGGUAAAGAUCGGAUGUUUGAAAUAUACAUAAUGGUUGUCAGGAUUGCAGACUUAUCAACAUAUGUUUGUUUUUUGAGGAAUCAUCUGCUGUAACAAAAUAAAUCCAUGGUCAUAAUGCAUCGUUGUCUAUGGCUUUGCAAUGGCAAUGUUGUAUAUGGGUAGAACUGGACAAAAGUCACAAUGAAACAAAACAUUUAUUCUAUGUAUGC